AUGCAUGACGCCAAGAUCUGGUCGACCUCGAGAAUGCGAAGCCUCGGGACAGAAUCCACGACGUUCGUCCAGAAAGACAGGCCCAUCCUCGUUCCUAUGGUGAAGGAUAGCCUCACGGGCGACACUCUCUGUAUCAGAGAUAUCGAUGAUUCAUACGGCAGGCCAGGAAAGAACGGCUGCUCUGGAUCAACUUUAAAUGAUGAACAUGACCGGCGAUUGGCCAAGCGGUCAAGGCCUGAUAUCGAGACGGAGGGAAGCAAAACUCUCCGCGACAUCGGGUCGAAAGUGCAGCAGGAUUUCAGCACGGGCGCGCACACGCAAUGGAUGUCGCAAGAGGAGGUCGCGUUCGACCGUCUGGAGCUGUUGAGAACGAAAACUUCUUCUUCGAUCUCUAGCUUCUAUGGGUUCUCUAGCCAGGGAGGUCGUCACUGCGUGCAGAGCAACAUGGCAUGA